AGUAUUCAACGCUCAAUUGUGGAGCAGCUCAUUUGCAUGGAGAUGAAGCUGAAGAUAAAGACAAUGUUGACAACGAAUCGUCGCUUGGGGCCACAUUGGAAUCUAUUUUUGUGUUUGCUGUGUGCGUCACUUUUCGCUUUGGGUUUCGCUUGGAAAUGUCUGUUCAAAGAGUUUCCAGUGGACGAGGAAAGGAUCCGAGGAAUUUGGUAUAUCUACGCCUCGAGUCCAAGUGAAUCCGACUUAUGCUUGAUCAGAGGGUUGGACCGGUAUUGGAAUCGCAUCACUUAUACGGACUACAAUCAAUUUGCCGUGGAGAUGCAUUGCUCGUUGCCCUGGUUUCGACAGCAAAUGGUGAUCUAUACGCGCAUGGAGUACCCCAAACCAUACAUACUCGGUCUGGUGAAAAAGUAUCUGAUCAGCGUGAAGGUAUCGAUGGAAGAAUUUUUGUUGGUCAAUAAGGCAACAUGCAAGAAGAACUCUACAGAGCCCAUUCAGCACUGGCAUCUGUCCAAGUACUUGCACAUGGGCUACCAUUCGCAUUACGUGAUGCCCCUCGUUAUUGACGCGAAUAUCUGAGUUGCUCUUUCGAACUUUCUUCACAAUAAACCUACGGAAUUUACAUAUGCCAAUUUUUGGGGCCAACCUGAUUAGUUCGUGGCAACUUAUUAAUCAAGCCCAAAGAGGAAUAACUAAAGUGUGUACACUGAGAAAAAUU